ACAAUGGUCCAUUUGAAACAAGUCUAUAAUCCUUACAGGCAUCACAAGCACUUUCAUAUGACUCUGCAGCGUAAAGGCCACUUUGGAAACCUGUCUAGGUCAGGUAUAGAAGAUAAAAGCUAUACAAUGUCGAUUUCCCCACCAACCUCUUGCGAUUGGAUGCUCCUGGUUGAACAGAAGAAUAUAAAUGUUCGCGUUACGACCAUGGACGCCGAGCUGGAGUUCGCUAUCCUGCACAGCACUACCGGCAAGCAACUCUUUGACCAGAUAGUGAAAACAAUCGGGUUGAGAGAGACCUGGUUCUUCGGCCUUCAGUUCCAGGAUACUAAAGGAUUCUCCACCUGGCUGAAACUCAACAAGCGGGUAACGGCACAGGAUGUAAAGCGGGAAAACCCCCUGUUGAUCAAGUUCAGAGGCAAGUUUUACCCGGAAGACGUCGCCGACGAGCUAAUUCAGGAGACCACGCAGCGACUCUUCUUCCUGCAGGUUAAAGAAAGCAUUCUGAAUGAUGACAUCUACUGCCCACCGGAGACCGCAGUGCUGCUUGCCUCUUACGCGGUUCAAACCAAACAUGGGGAUUACAGAAAGGACUAUCACAUCCCAGGAUACCUGGCAAAAGAGAAGCUUCUGCCGCAGAGGGUUUUGGAGCAACACAAGCUCAACAACAGUCAGUGGGAGGAACGGAUCCAGGUCUGGCACCAGGAACACAAGGGCAUGCUGAGAGAAGAUGGCAUGGUGGAAUAUCUGAAGAUCGCCCAGGACCUUGAGAUGUACGGGGUCAACUACUUCAACAUCAAGAACAAGAAAGGAUCCGACCUGUGGCUGGGUGUAGACGCCCUCGGUCUCAACAUAUAUGACCAGACGGACAAGAUGACUCCAAAGAUUGGCUUUCCAUGGAGUGAAAUUCGAAACAUCUCCUUUAAUGACAAGAAAUUUGUCAUCAAGCCUAUCGACAAGAAAGCCCCGGACUUUGUGUUUUACGCUCCACGGCUGCGCAUCAACAAACGAAUCCUGGCCCUGUGCAUGGGCAACCACGACCUGUAUAUGAGGAGGAGGAAGCCGGACACCAUCGAGGUCCAGCAGAUGAAGGCCCAGGCCAAGGAGGAGAAGAACAAACGGCAAAUGGAGAGGGCUCUGCUUGCGAAGGAGAAAAAAAAGCGUGAGAACGCAGAGAAGGAAACUGAGAAGAUUGCCCGGGAGACCAUGGAGUUGAUGGAGAGACUGAGACAGAUUGAGGAGCAGACAAAGAGAGCUCAGGACGAGCUGGAGGAGCAGACUCGCAGGGCCCUGGAGUUGGAGAAGGAGAGAAAGAUUGCCCAGGAGGAGGCUGAGCGUCUCGACAAGGACCGCAAGGAAGCGGUGGAGGCCAAGGCAGCGCUGAUGAACCAGUCGGAGCAGCAGCUGAAGAACCAGGAGAAUCUGGUGCUGUUGCACAAAUCUGUACAUUUAACGUACACAUCAAAACCCACACACUCCAAAGAUAUCGAGAAGUCACGAGACUCAGAAGAAAUGUUUCUCUUUUCUUUUUUCGCACAUAAAUCACAGGCCACAGAGCUGGCAGAGCUUACCUCUAAGAUAUCCAAGCUGGAGGAUGCCAAGAAAAAAAAGGACGAAGAGGCAAAGCGGUGGCAGACAAGGGCAAUGGCCGUGGAGGGUGACCUUGAACGAACCGAAGUGGAUCUGAAGAGCAAACUCAUGGGUGUCCACAUCCCAGCCUCGGUGCACAGCCACAUGCACGAGCACGACGAGACGGACGAGAGCAGCGCGGAGGCCAGCGCCGAGUUGACCUCACCGGACAUGGUGCGUGACCGCAGCGAGGAGGAGAGAGUCACUGAGGCCCAAAAGAACAAGAUGCUGCGCAAGAAUCUCAAGUUCUUGAGCACUGAGUUGGCCUGCGCCGUAGACGAGAGUAAGAAGACCCCGAACGACCUGAUCCACGCGGCGAAUGUCAAGGCGGGUCGAGACAAAUACAAGACCCUCCGUCAGAUCCGACAGGGCAACACGAAGCAGCGCAUUGAUGAGUUCGAGUCCAUGUGAGAGCGAUCGUAUAAGCGUCAUAAUGAGGCAGAAAGAAACUGACAAAGACAUAGAUAAUAAAGUUUGACACUGUUCUUGAUAUGAUUCCUGCGCAGUCCGAACGCCAACGCAACUUUCCACGGUCUCAUUAGAUUUUAAUUUCAAUGAUUUGUCACUUAGUGUUCGAAGAUCCAUUACAUGUAGAACACUGUAAAAAAAGAUGCCGUGUAUUCAAGCAAUGGUUUCUAGAUCGCUUUGCCCAAAAACCUGAGCAUAAUUUUGUCCGUUAAAAUUGGUACUAUAUAGCCUAUAGGGAAGUCAAUAUGAGCCUAUCAAGUAGACCAAUCGUAUCUUUAUGUAUCCUACAAUUUUAAUGUGUAUUUCAACAAUUGCCUGUAAUGUGUGUGUGUGUGUGUGUGUGUGUGUGUGUGUGUGUGUGUGUGUGUGUGUGUGUGUGUGUGUGUGUGUGUGUGUGUGUGUGUGUGUGUGUGUGUGUGUGUGUGUGUGUGUGUGUGUGUGUGUGUGUGUGUCAGUGUGUGUGUGUGUGUGUGUGUGUGGUUACCAGUAAUCGAUGAUCAAUGAUCGUAAAACAAUAAUAAAAUGUUACAAAUCAAUUUGA